GUUAUAUUCGGGCUAGCUUGACUCGGGCACGACGGCUUCAGCUCAGCUUCAGCUAAAGAGCAAACCGACAUCAGCUGAGUUUGCAUUAAGUACCAUCCUUGUAGCUAAAAUACAGGAAUUUAUCAUAACGUAAAAUUCAAGAUUAGCAAUUUACAAAGUUACUACUCGCUGGUGAACCAAUAAAAUAGCUGUCAGCUGCCGUAACCACAGAGACAAGACAGAAGGAGAAAUAACAUCAAACCCGGCUAACAAAGAGGUCCUCUUUUCAACGACAACAUUUUUCCUCCAUAUUCUAUAGUUAUGAGUCAUGUGGCCGUCGAAAAUGUCCACGGUCUAGAGCAGCAGCUCGCUGUCCUAGACUUGAGUGCGGCAGAUGGACAAGGUGGAGGCGCUAACCCAGGAAAUGCCUUCGCUGCCGCUCGACAGGGUGGCUAUACCAUAGCGCCCGCAGCCAACUAUGGUUGGGACGGGGGGCGCAACAACUUUGUUAAUGGCUACCAUGACAACCGCAUGGCUGGCGGCAACACGUUUAACCGUGGCCCGCCUCGCAUGGAGCGGGGCAGAGGUGGCGUCGGAGGGGGUUACCGAGGCAACAGGGGCGGUGUCUUCAACCCCAUCAACCCAGCACAGCCAAUGGUUUUUGGUGGCUACGAAAAUAAAGAUGCCGGCGGCUGGAACACAGCGAAAGAAACCUACGGCAGUUUUCCGAACAACCGUGGCAAGUCUGCAUUCUUCAACGACAGAGGCAAUGCUAACAGAGGGAGGUUUGAGCAUGGUGGAUUCGGUGGUGGUGGAGGAGGAGGAGGUGGCGGUGGUGGAGGUGGAGGAGGAGGAGGUGGCGGCGGAAACAGCCGCUGGGUGGAAGAGUCCAGAGAGGAGGGAGACUGGUCUAAACCAACACCACGUAACGAACGCCUUGAAAAUGAAUUGUUCGCCGGCAGCAACACUGGGAUUAACUUUGAGAAAUACGAUGACAUUCCCGUUGAGGCCACAGGACAGAACUGCCCUCACCACAUCGACAGUUUCCAAGAUGUGGACAUGGGAGAGAUUGUCAUGGGUAACAUUGCCCUGAGUCGCUACACCAGACCGACCCCUGUCCAGAAAUAUGCCAUUCCUAUUGUCAAGUCCAAGCGAGACCUCAUGGCAUGCGCACAGACGGGUUCUGGGAAGACUGCAGCGUUCCUGCUGCCGAUUCUCAGCCAGAUUUACAAUGAUGGACCAGGAGAAGCUCUCAACGCGGCCAAAGCAUCUGGACAGGACAAUGGAAAGUAUGGGCGCCGUAAGCACUUCCCCAUCUCACUGGUGUUGGCUCCAACCAGAGAACUGGCACUGCAGAUAUACGAUGAGGCCAGGAAGUUUUCCUACCGCUCCAGAGUGCGUCCCUGUGUGGUGUACGGAGGAGCCGACAUCGGCCAGCAGAUAAGAGAUCUGGAGAGAGGGUGCCACCUGCUGGUCGCCACACCUGGAAGACUGGUGGACAUGAUGGAGAGGGGAAAGAUUGGACUGGACUUCUGCAACUACCUGGUCCUGGACGAGGCCGAUCGCAUGUUGGACAUGGGAUUCGAACCACAGAUAAGACGCAUCGUUGAACAGGACACCAUGCCGCACAAGGGCAUCCGACAAACCAUGAUGUUCAGCGCAACCUUUCCUAAAGAGAUCCAGAUCCUAGCCAGGGAUUUCCUGGAGGAGUACAUCUUCCUGGCGGUGGGCAGAGUGGGUUCCACCUCAGAGAACAUCACUCAGAAAGUGGUGUGGGUGGAGGAGAGCGACAAGAGGUCCUUCCUGUUGGACCUGCUCAGUGCCACAGGUAAGGACUCGUUGACUCUGGUAUUCGUGGAGACCAAGAAGGGCGCCGACGCCUUGGAGGACUUCCUGUAUCGGGAGGGCUACGCCUGCACCAGUAUCCACGGCGACCGCUCCCAGAGGGACCGAGAGGAGGCCCUGAGCCAGUUCAGAUCAGGGAAAUGCCCCAUUCUGGUGGCCACGGCGGUAGCGGCUCGCGGUCUGGACAUCUCCAAUGUGAAGCAUGUGAUUAACUUCGACCUGCCCAGCGACAUAGAGGAGUAUGUCCACCGUAUCGGACGUACAGGACGAGUCGGAAACCUGGGACUGGCCACAUCGUUCUUCAACGAUAAAAAUGGGAACAUCACUAAAGACCUGCUGGACAUCCUGGUAGAGGCCAAACAGGAAGUUCCCUCAUGGCUUGAGAGCCUGGCCUAUGAACACCAGCAUAAGAGCAGCAACCGAGGACGCUCCAAGAGGUUCUCCGGUGGUUUUGGAGCGCGUGAUUAUCGUCAGACGGCCGCCGGCGGCACCGCCGGAGGGUUUGGAGGACGCGGAGGUCGCAACCAGGCAGCACAUGGAGGGACCCGCGGGUUCGGAGGAGGUGGUUUCGGUAACUUCUACACCACCGACGCCUACGGAGGAAACUACGCACACUCUCAAGUUGACUGGUGGGGCAACUAGGUUCCUCCUUCCUCCCUUGACUCAUCCUUCUCUCGUCUCACUCAUCCUCCUUCCUUUCUACACACUGUUGUCUGCACCCCAUCCACCUCCUCCCCUUCAUUAACCCCAAGAACCCACGUGCAUGUUAUUAAACUAUUUAUACUCAUUUAUAUAGCCCUCUUUCCAUCCCUAAGCACUCGGAUCUUUUAAUUCUAUUCCUUUUCUCGUUCUCUCCAUUUCCUCCUUCGUCUUUUACGUCUCCCCAUCUUUUCUUCCUUUUUUUUUUUUUUGAUUUCUUAAUUUCCAGUAAAUGUCACCUCUUACAAUAGGCCGCAUUAUAAAGGGAUACUUCAAUUUUAGUUGGUUACUUUUCAACACCAGCUAGCAUCAUCCUUUAACUGUCAGUGAGGACAUUUUGAACUAUUUCCCCUCCUGUGCUUGCAGAAAAAUAACCAAAUCGACUUUAACCCCCUAAUAUUAGAUGGACAUUUAAUAUUUACAGUGAGUUAGACUGACAAAAAACGCUGUAGAAGAGCAGGGGGAGAUCCUUUUUUUUUUUUUUUUCACUUUAGAUUUGAGUUUUGGCUUCAUUGUGUUUUUGUCUGCAUUCACCCAAAGCCAGCCAGGCGUCCUGUGUACCUUCACAUGUCAUCUUUGUAUGUAACGCAUGGCCAUGUUGUAAAUCGCCGGCCAAAUCCUUUUCUAAAAUAUAUAUAUAUCGCGCAGAGAUGGGCAAGAUGUCAAAUCUGAGCAAAAAUAUGUCUGCAUUUAAAAUUCCCCAAAAAAACGGGAACCGGCUGAAGUUUCCUUCAUUCACGCGAUAAAGAUGCUUAAAAGCAGCCACAGAAACAGAAAAUGUUUUUAUUUUAUUUUUUAAACGACAAUGAAGUCUUGAUUUCCCCCCCGAGAUCUGAGAAAGAUGUCUACCAGAGACAUGGGAAGGAGGGACACACAGACACCCAGCCAGUGGGGCGCCAGCAGACGUUGUCGCCCAUUAGCAACGAUGCUAGCAAACAGCGUUUUCUUUGUUUGAAACAAAACAUAAUGGAGGAUCAUUUGUUUCUGUACUGUGCCUUUAAGAAUUUGAACUUUGUCUCUUAUUUCCGUUGUUUUAAUUGCCAUAAUAGGUACGUGGCUACAAGUAUUGGCCUACUGUGACAAAAAAAAAAUGUAUUUAAUGUCAUGUAUGGGUUUAAACAUGUUUUUCUUUAUUUAUAUUUGGAAGGAAACAAACUAGGCUUGAACUAAAUCAAACCUUGGC